AUGGAAGGAAAAUUUUUAAAUUCAAUGACGCGUUUAGCUGCAUAAAGCUUAAAAAAUACUAUAUCAAGAUCUUUAAUUGACUUUAAUUACCAAGUCCCUGAAAUUAAAAUCUAACCAGCCGCCAAUUUAGAAAACGCAGAUUACUUAAGCCCUUCACUUCUCCAAAUAUUCAACUAAAAUAAAGACAAGAAAACCAAAUUAGCAUUCGGCCUUUCUGACGUAAAAGAUUUAUGUAAGAAAAUCAUUGAAUGCCACAACAAAGAAGAAAAAGAAAAUAUAAUCGAAUAAUUAGGUAUGACAGAGUAAGGUUUUAUUACUUUAAAAUUAAAGGAUUAAACCUUAUAAGAAGAAGUAAAUACAAUAAUACGCCAUGGCCUCUAAUUCCCUUUAUUAUAAAAAUAAAAAAUCCUCGUAGACUUUUCAUCUCCUAAUAUAGCUAAAGAAAUGCAUGUAGGUCACUUACGUUCUACAAUAAUAGGUGAGUCUUUAUGCCGUAUUUUCGAAUUUUAAGGGAAUGAAGUUUUCCGUAUAAACCAUGUAGGAGAUUGGGGCACUUAAUUCGGGAUGUUAAUUCACUACAUGUUUGAAAAUACCCAAAUUUCUUAAACGAACUUCCUAAUCUUCAAGACACUACUUAAUUCUAUAAAGAAGCUAAGAGAAGAUUUGAUGAAGAUCCUGAUUUUAAGAAAAAAUCUUAAUUAAAAGUUGUAGAUUUACAACGAGGAGACCAAAACUGCCGUAAAGCUUGGUAAUUGA